GACGACACGUCCCCGCGCUCCCUCCCCGAGACCUCCUCCGAUGGCCAGCGCCGCCGCAGGAGGCGCUCCAGGCGCAAGCAGGGCGGGCUCCAGAGCCCCCCGAUCGCGGAGGAGGAGCCGCGCGUGGACGCCCACCCGCCCGCGGCGCUCAGGGUCGCGGAUCUGAUGCCCGUGGUGGAGAAGGUCUGCCAGACCUCGGACGCGGAGAGGUCCGCGACGAGCUGCGUGGCGUAUGUUGGUGUCGAGUUGAGGCAGAGGAACGUGGCCGGGAAUGGGAGGGUGGUGACGUUUGCGGAGGACGCGGCUAGCAGCUGCGGAAGCAGCUCGCGUGAAAGCGCCGCGGCCGCCGCCGCCGCCGCCGCGGUGCCGGAUGUGAUUGACCCGGCCCGGCGGCCUGAGGCGAACGGUGUCGUGAAGAAACUGGAGAAGGAUGAGUCGCUGGACUGGGAAAAGUACAUCAAGGAGAACAGCAACGUUCUCGGAGAAGUCGAGCGCCGUGACAAUUCACCAUUCAGAUACUUCAUUGGAGAAAUGUAUAGCGGCAAUUCGCUUAGGAGUACAAUUGCAGUGGGUAAUGACAAGAAGCGACAGCGGGUCUACAACACUAUGUUUCAUGUGCCUUGGAGAUGUGAACGGCUAAUUGUCGCAGGAUUCUUUGUCUGCCUGGAUUCCUUUCUGUCUUUGCUCACCAUCAUGCCUGCAAGAAUUGUGAUGACAGUAUGGCGAAUUCUGAAAACCAGGCAGUUUCUUCGGCCAAAUGCUGCUGAUUUGUCAGAUUAUGGAUGUUUUGUAGUUCUAGCCCUAGGAGUUGCUUCUUUGCAAAUGAUAGAUAUUAGUUUGAUUUACCAUGUCAUUCGUGGCCAGGGCACGAUCAAGCUCUAUGUGGUAUACAACGUACUAGAGAUCUUUGACAAACUAUGUCAAUCAUUUGGCGAGGAUGUGUUGCAAGUUUUGUUCAACUCAGCUGAGGGACUGUCAACAUGUUCAACUGACAGGGUCACAUUCGAACUGUUGCGGUUCCUUUUGGAUGGAGCUAUUGCAGUCCUCGCAUUUGUUGUGCAUUCAUUUGUCCUCUUAGCCCAAGCUAUCACCCUGUCAACAUGUAUUAUUGCCCAUAAUAAUGCACUAUUGGCUCUUUUGGUGUCCAAUAAUUUUGCCGAGAUUAAAAGCAAUGUAUUUAAGAAAGUUAGCAAAGAGAACCUUCACAAUCUGGUUUACUAUGAUAUCAUUGAGAGGUUUCAUAUCACAGCAUUUUUACUGUUUGUACUAGCUCAAAAUAUCUUGGAAGCAGAGGGGCCAUGGUUUGACAGUUUUCUUAUUAAUGCUUCCUAUGUAUUUAUGUGUGAAGUGCUUAUUGAUGCUAUCAAGCACUCAUUCCUUGCAAAAUUUAAUGAGAUAAAGCCAGUUGCUUAUUCAGAGUUUCUGGAAGACUUAUCCAAGCAGAUAUUGAAUGAGCAACCUGAUGACCGUCAGAAAGAUCUAACAUUCAUCCCCCUUGCCCCUGCUUGUGUGGUAAUUCGUGUGCUGACUCCAGUGUAUGCCACCCUGCUUCCUGCUGGGCCGUUUACCUGGAGAAUAUUCUGGAUUUUGCUCUGGUCAGUUCUGACCUAUUUUAUCCUCGCCAUCUUCAAGAUACUUGUGGGACUGAUACUGCGUUGCCUCGCGACUUGGUAUAUCAAUCUACGUCUCACAAGAAAACAACAUGCGGACUGAGCACCUGACACCAUAAUCCUGGUGUUAAGAUGACAGCAUUCUUGAGAAGACAAUUUGAUGUGGUGCGCGAAGUACAGCAACUGCCGCAUCAGCCGUGAGUUCGAUCACCUGCCCAUGACAGAAAUCUUGAUAGUGUAGUACAGCACAGAGGAAUAUGUCGAACAUCUUUUUCAGCAAACCAUUUCGUCGAUUCAAGGAACUAGGUAUAGUCCAAUUUUGCCGCGUUUACAACAUCUUUCUGUCAUCCUUCUGUGGAUAGUUCAUUUCAUCCUAAAGUUAUCUGCCUCAACCUAGAGAAGAUUUUUUUGUAAAGCCCUGUGGAUCUGUCUGUUUUGUAUAAUUCAUUUAAGAAGAAAAUAUGGCAGCUUCGUCGGCA